AUGAAUGAGAGGCUAAUCCAAGAGGCAGAUUCAGAUGAGGAAGAAGAACAUGUCGUUAGAGGGACAAGAUCACUGGCUAAUGUAUACGAAAGGUGCAAUAUGGCAGUGGUGGAAACAAGAUGUUACCUUGAAGCUGCCAAGUCUGAACUGUGGAGGGCUGCAAUGAAAACUGAUAGAGGAUUAGCUGUGGUUUCUCUCUACGUUGAUGACUUGUUGGUGACAGGUAGCAAUCCUGAAGAAUUGGACCAGUUUAAGUCAGCCAUGCAAACUAAGUUUGAAAUGACUGAUUUAGGAUUGAUGAAAUAUUUCCUAGGCAUGGUGAUAAGUCAGACUGCAGGUGAGAUUUUUGUGUGCCAACAGAGAUAUGCAACUGAGCUUCUCAUGAAGUUUGGAAUGGAGAAUUGUAAACCAGUGGAUACCCCACUGGUUCCCAACCUGAAAUGA